UGAAGUCUUACAGUUUAGAAUUUUAUUAGUUUUUAUUUUUUUUUUUUUUCAAAUUGCCAUAGAACAAUUUUUAGAUUUCCAAAUGAAUUAUGUAUUGAGAAACUAUGCAAAACUAAGCCAUUUCAACUAUGAUAAAAAUGGAAAAGACUGGAAAGUGGAGGCCGGCAAACAACAGUCGCCUAUUUCAUUGGCUAAAGGAAAAGCUGUUAGAUCCAGUGCUCCAAGGUUAACCUUUGUCAACUAUGACAAGAUAUUUGGCAGCCCCUUGAAGCUCACCAAUAAUGGGCAUACCAUAACUAUGGCGAUACCGCCCGGAGCCGAUGGUAGUCAACCAGCUCUGUGCGGAUGCAUGCUGGAGAGUAUAUAUAAAGCUGUGCAGUUGCACUUCCAUUGGGGCUCGCCACAUAGCGAAGGAUCGGAGCAUGAAAUAGAGUUUUCUCGUUACGAUGCUGAGAUGCAUAUUGUUCAUCAAAAUUGCGCGUACGGAACUAAAAAGGAAGCCCUUUGUGCUCCUGAUGGCUAUGUAGUAUUGGGGCUCAUGUUGAAGAUAGCGGCUGAACCUGUAAUUAAUCCUAAAGCUUUGAAUAAAGUCUGCAUGGAGGCAAGUCAAGUAAAAAAAUGUGAUAUGUCCUCAACUUUUAAAGGAGAGUUUUCAUUAAGGGAUAUUUUAGCUGGUAUAGAAAGGCAAGAGUUUUUUACAUACCAAGGCUCGCUUACUACACCACCAUGUUCUGAAGUUGUCAACUGGUUUGUUUUCCCUAAACCUAUUGAAAUUUCCAAGCGAUAUCUGAAACACCUGUGGAACCUGUCAGAUGAUCGCGGCAGACCUCUGCUUAAUAAUUUUCGAGAGUUACAGGACCUACACGAGCGUAACGUAUAUUAUAGAAACCAAAUGUGGCCAAAGAAUACUUACGUUUGAAUACUGUAAUGAUUCGUU